GCCGGUCGGCGGUCAUCACUAUUAUAUAUUUAUGCACAUAUAUAUUUAUAUAUAGGAUACAAGCGUGCCCUUUUACGAGUUCCGUAAUUCUUCAACCACAGUACAAAAACAUUAUGCAUAGAUUGUCGGUGUAUACAUUUAUAAACGACAUGUCUCACUAUCUCUCGGCGGCCCUCCGUCUCUAAAAAAUGUAUGCGGCACGAUCGUUCGUUUAUUCACAACCUCUGCGGCGGGGAUGACACUGCAACGGCAGACGUCAGACUGCACCGAAUAGUAAGGAGGAAAUGCUUAGCCGAUUGGAAGUACUAAAUUCGUUGCUUUUCACUACAUUGAUUACCUUAUUGUGAAAAAUAUGUACGAUUGAAAAAUAUGGUUUGUGAAAAUAAGUUUUAUGAGUGGAAAAAACUUCCAAGCGAUUGGGAAACUGUGUAGUGUGUUGUACGACAACAGCGAGCAACAACAACAAGGCAGCGGGCGAUAUUGUUGUUAAAAAAAGACGUCACCGCCAACCUUGAAUGUGCCCCCUCCACUGUGAGCGGCGUCGAUCAGCUGUCGGGACGGCGGCGUGCGCGUGCCGAGCGCGCCGGAGGACGACGGGACGUUUGCUGUUCACGGUUCACGUUCGCCGCUGUCAUUCCGCACUCGUUGUUUCUCUGUAACGGACGACGGCCGAUCGCUUCGUCUCCGUCCGCACGCUGCAUCCGAGUGCACCGGUGUUCUGUAAAGUAGUCCCAGCUCGUGUCCCGCCAUGGAACCGGUGCUAGUGAAGACCACGCCGUACGAAGGCCAAAAGCCGGGAACCAGCGGCCUGCGCAAGGCCGUCAAAGUAUUCCAGCAGCCCAACUACACGGAGAACUUCGUGCAGGCCGUGCUCGGCGCCGUCCAGCCGUCGGCCGCCGGCAGCACUUUGGUGGUCGGCGGCGACGGCCGGUUCUUCUGCACCGAAGCCGUGGACGUGAUAAUUAAAAUCGCCGCUGCCAACGGGGUAAAGAAAUUAAUUGUUGGACACAAAGGAAUUCUAUCAACACCAGCUGUGUCCUGCAUCAUUCGAAAAUAUAAAGCAACCGGUGGCAUAGUACUUACAGCUAGUCAUAACCCAGGAGGUCCUAACAAUGAUUUUGGUAUUAAAUACAACACAGCCAAUGGAGGUCCUGCUCCAGAAUCUGUUACAGAUGCCAUCUAUGAGUUAACCAAAACUAUCUCUUCUUAUAGUAUUGUACCAGAUUUGAAAUGCUCUAUAGAUUAUUGUGGUUUACAAUAUUUCAAAGUUAGUGGUAAAGAAUUUGAAGUAGAAGUCAUUGACUCUGUUGUGGAUUACCUUCAGUUGAUGAAAAGUAUUUUUGAUUUUGAUGUUAUUCGCAAGUUAAUCCAAGGGUCCAAUAAUAAAUCUCCUUUUAAUAUUCUUAUUGAUUCAAUGAAUGGAGUUACUGGACCUUAUGUAAAGAAGAUUUUUAUUGAAGAAUUAUGUGCACCAUCAAAUAACGCUAUCAAUGUGGUACCUUUAACCGACUUUGGUGGAAUUCAUCCAGACCCUAAUCUCACUUAUGCUUCAGGCCUUGUAAAAGCAUUACAAGAAGGGGAGUAUGAUCUUGGCGCUGCUUUUGAUGGAGAUGGUGAUCGUAAUAUGAUUCUUGGCAAAAAGGCAUUUUUCAUCAACCCAAGUGAUUCGUUAGCUGUUUUAGCUAAUAAUCUGGAAUGUAUUCCUUACUUUAAAGUAAAUGGUAUUAGAGGAUUUGCCAGAAGUAUGCCAACAGGUGCAGCUGUGGAUAGGGUGGCAGCAAAGCUAGGAAAAGAAAUUUUUGAAGUGCCUACAGGUUGGAAAUUUUUUGGAAAUUUAAUGGAUGCAGGUCGUUUGUCACUCUGCGGUGAAGAAAGCUUUGGAACUGGUUCUGAUCAUAUUCGUGAAAAAGAUGGUAUAUGGGCUGUUUUGGCAUGGUUGUCAGUUUUGGCCAAUACUGGAGAGUCUGUUGAGACUAUACUUACUAAUCAUUGGAAAACUUUUGGACGUAAUUACUUUACAAGAUAUGAUUAUGAAAAUUGUGAAUCUGAACCUUCUAACCAACUAAUGUCAGAUUUGGAAAAAAAAGUUACUGAUCCUGCAAUUAAAGGCCAGAAAUUUAUUUACGGUUCAAAGGUUUAUAUAUUUAAACAAGCUGAUAAUUUUGAAUAUUGUGAUCCAAUUGAUAAGAGUGUCACUAAAAAACAGGGUAUAAGGGUGUUAUUUGAAGAUGGAUCCAGAUUUGUGUUUCGAUUAAGUGGUACUGGCAGUAGUGGUGCUACUAUUCGUUUAUAUGCUGAAUCAUAUGAACCACCAACAUCGAAUAUUUUAGAAGACGCUCAAGUGGCCCUUAAUCCUCUAGUCCAAAUAGCUUUGGAGAUUUCUAAAUUGGUACAAUUUACUGGACGUACUUCUCCAACUGUGAUAACGUAAGGAUCCUGUGUUUCUUUAUUCAGAAUGAAUUGUUUAGUUUUCUUCAAAAUUUUUCUUGUUAAAAGUUCUGUG